CCAGCCGCAGGUGCGACCGGGACCCUGACCUCCGCGCUCCCAGCACUCCCUGGCUCACUUCUGCUUCCGUCCCGCUGAACCCCGACUCUCGAGCCGCUGUUGCCUCUGGGACAUGGUCCUUUGCGUACAGGGAUCUUGUCCUUUGCUGGCUGUGGAGCAGAUCAGGCAGCGGCCUCAGUGGGCCCAGUCCCUAAAGCUGCCUGGGCCAGUCAUGCAGCCCUUGCCCGCAGGGGCCUUCCCAGAGGAGGUGGCAGAGGAGAUCCAGAGUGAACCAAAGGUGCUGGACCCUGAGGAAGAUCUGCUAUGCAUAGCCAAGACUUUCUCCUACCUCCGAGAGUCUGGGUGGUACUGGGGUUCCAUUACUGCCAGUGAGGCUCGGCAACACUUACAGAAGAUGCCAGAAGGCACAUUCCUAGUACGAGAUAGCACCCAUCCCAGCUACCUGUUCACGCUGUCAGUCAAAACCACCCGUGGCCCCACCAAUGUACGCAUCGAGUACGCUGACUCCAGCUUCCGACUAGACUCCAACUGCUUGUCCAGACCUCGAAUCCUCGCCUUCCCAGAUGUGGUCAGCCUUGUGCAGCACUAUGUGGCCUCCUGUGCUGCUGACACCAGGAGUGACAGCCCAGAUCCUGUUCCCACCCCAGCCCUACCUAUGCCUAAGCAAGAUGCACCUGGAGACCCAGCGCUGCCUGUCCCCAUGGCUACUGCUGUGCACCUGAAAUUGGUGCAGCCCUUUGUAUGCAGGAGCAGUGCCCGCAGCUUACAGCACCUGUGCCGCCUCGUCAUCAACAGAUUGGUAGCUGAUGUGGACUGCCUACCACUGCCCCGGCGCAUGGCCAACUACCUUCGACAGUACCCUUUCCAGCUCUGACUGGGCCGGGCACACUACCCAGCCUCAUACAGCUACAUUCUGGAGGGGACACAGGCCCCAGCUGGACUUGGGCAUCUGCUGUCCCUCCUUCAGUCAUCCUGGUGCCUGCCUGCAUGUGACAGUUGGACCAGAAAUUACCAGCAAGAGCAAGACAGGUGGAUGGGGGGGGUUGUCACAUAACUCUGAGGUCAGUGCCCCCAAGUCUUGUGUGGCUCCUUGUGAUGAGCUAUGUGCCAGAAGAGACAAGCAGGACCUUGUCUCACCCUGGGGGCUAGGCCCAGGCCUCCACUCACUCACUUGCCUGCCCUAAUCACCUGAACUGUGUAUACUCUCCCAGUCCCAGUUUCUCAAUCUGCUGGGUAGGGCAGGCCCCCUAUCCAUUUAUAGAGCAGCCAGCCUGUUUCUGGGAGAAUGACAGUCAGAGGAACUGGGGUUAAUGACAUCAAGCCCCCUUUUCGGGGAGCAGGCCAGGCUGUGGGACUACACAGUUAUAUAGUAUUUAUUUAUUCUCCUUGGUGGGGGGGUGGGCGGUGUCACAGGCAUGAGCCAUUCCAUCUUCCUACCCUGGGCCCUGGGAGGUCCAAAGACCCCAGCUCUGGUUCUUCCUUGUAGAGAACCCCAUCCUGAGACGUGUUGUUGGACCCAAAGUAGUCCUGAAUAUCCUGGCCCUGACCACCUGCCUAUGAAUGUGCCUAUUCUCUUCUCUUCCCAGCCCUGUUUUGGGAGGAUGGGUGACCAGACAAGAAAAGGGAGCCAGAGCUGUGGAACCCACUCUCAGCUCCUCACAGAGCAGUGCAUGGCUUCACAGAGCUGGCCUCUUUGUGGUGCAGGCCCUGCAGAGGGGCAUAUGCUGGGUCAGGAAGGGGAUGCUGGCUCAAGGGCAUCUGCUUCCUGUGCAGGAGGGUGCCUGCAUGUGAGAGAGGGAGAAAUACAUAUCUGAUAAGACUUUAUAAAAUAAUUAUUAUAACACAAAAACCAGUUUGGUAGUCUUUUUCUUCCACUGAUUUUUCUGUAAUGAUAAUAAAAUUAUGCCAUUUAUGAAGCCUUC